AUGUCAAACUAUCCAACAAUUAGAAAUCCUUUACUACCAAGCCCGCCUUCUAUACGUCGUAAAUCAUUUUCGGCAGAUUCCCUUCGAUCUUCUAUCUCGACUGUCUCUAUUCGGAGUUUCAUGAACUUGACGCUUUCUCAUAUCUCUCAUGCAAGUACUCGCUUUGGUACCACAAACAAUCGAAGAAUUAUGCCUAUGAUGCCCAAGUCAUUGACAGAAAAAACCAUCUAUCACCCUAACGAGCCCUUGGUGCAUUACAAUGGACCGUGUCAUACGUUGGAAUCUUUGCCCUUGGAGAAACUGAACUGGAUCAAGGAUGAACAAGCGUCUGCACUUGUUAGAAAUCCAUUAACAGACUACUAUCGUUCCAUUGUCUUGAGAAAACCCAUGAUACGCAAUCAACCAUAUCCUGCCAACAAACCAUUGUUCAAACCGAAAGCCAUGUUUUAUUUGCGAAUACUUCAAGUCAUUUCAACCAGCUCAUCUAAACCCCGAAUAUACCGUUGUGGAGUUCAGGUCAAUCAAGAGACAUGCGUAAGUUCAUAUGCGACAAGUGAAAAGACAGGCAAACAUAGUUCCAUUGCACAAUUUGAUGAAACAUUUCUAUUUGAUAUAGAAGAACCAACGACGGCUAAUAUCACUAUUUAUUCUCAAGCAAAGCAAUCCCUCUUCCAAAAAGCCAAAAAAGAAACAGUAAUAGGACAAGAAACGAUUUCUAUUUCUCUGUAUCCUAAAGCAAAGAUAACAGAACGCUUUGUACUCAAUAAUAAUCCAACAGUUGGACAAAGUAAUGAUUUUCAACUAUUGGUUGUUCAUGGAUCUUAUAUGAGUCAUCGAACACAAAAUAUGUUGAAUAAUACGAUCCUAUUUGAAGACUUUAUUACUUUGUAUGUUCAAACAGAUAUGGUACCUCGUAUGGAUCGUUUUUGGGGUGUAUUGCGUGGUAUUCAAUUUGAACUCUAUGACUUUGAAUACAGAGAAAAUCGCCCACCUCUUUAUGUGGUACCCUUGGAUAACUUUAUUGAAGCAUUUGAAUCAGCUGAAGAAGAAGGGGAUGAAAUUCAUGUACAUUUAGGAUCAAGAGGCUUAGUACUUCAAUUCAAUGAAAAGGCUAUCCAUAGAAAUGAACGUCAUUGGCUAAACAAUGAACUUGAAUGCCAAAUGUAUCUUGUGCCUGAAUCCUUAACUGCCAGAAGAGAAUGGGUGACUCAAUUUAACUAUGUUGCCUCUAUCUUUGAUGAAAUGAGGCAUUAUAGUGAGAGUGAGAGUGAUAGUGAUCAUGAUAGCGACCAUGGUUCUUUUGACUCAAGCAUGUCUCAACAGCAUGAACAUGUUCCCUUAAAACUAAUGUGGUGA